AUCUUUCUGGAUUUACGGCAAAGGCGGUCAUGUUGGAUAGCACCGAAAUAGCAGGGCUCCUUAAAAAAUUAGGCCCCUGUAAAAUCACCCACUUGCGUGCAUAUCUGUCCCAACAGAACUCCUCGCUGAAUGCGCACUGCCGUUGUUUAAUUAUUGUUUUUUGAAACCCUAGUUCAUGGCUUAACAAGUCCUUAUCAAAAUGGGAAACCAACCAGGCAAAAGCUUGGGCGGGCGACUCACCAAGAAGGACAUAGAGCGCCUUCAGCGCCGUUUCAAUCGACUUGCAAAUAGCUCGGGAAAAGUAAACAUAGCUGCCUUUGAAUCCAUGGUUGAGCUGGGGGGCAACCCAUUCAUCCCGCGGAUUUUCAAGCUUUUCGACGAGUCUGGAGAUGGCACGCUCAGCCUUGAAGAGUUUACACGGGCGCUGGAAUACUUCGGGCAACUGGACGUUGAGGAGGAGCAAUACAAAUUCGCCUUUCGGAUCUACGAUGAGGACAAGGACGGGCUUAUUUCCAGCGAGGAGCUCUUCAACGUGCUCCAAACGCUGCUGGGUAACGCCUACCCGGAUGCGCAGCUCGAGCAGGUUGUGCACAACACAAUGAGUGAAUUCGAUCGGGACGGCGAUAACAAGCUGGAUCUGGACGAGUUCAAAACACUGCUUUCACGACAGGACCUGUCAAACAAGUUUUCCAUGUCUAUGUAGAUUCGCGGGAUGUUCGGAGGAUAUUUCGCGCUCGUUUAACUGUUGUGGAGAGAGGUUAGUCAGUUACAGUAAAGUUAUAAACUACUUGACCUUGGCAGAUGGCGCAGCGGGUUUUUGGAACUGUCUCUCGUGUCAUGCGCUGCAGAGAAAAUUUUGCGUUGGGGAGGUGAGCAGACUGAUCGUUACAAAUGUUUCCCGCAGACAAUCCAAAAUUGUCGAGCGACAACGACAUGUCACUCACGUGACGAGACGUGGAAGUUAUCCAUGCAUGUAAAAACAAGGUUAUUUCAAAAGGAAAGUUAUUUCAGAUGUCGGUCCGAACAGAAACAGGUCGGUCCGUAACGCGCAUGCGGUAACAUGACACAUAUGGCAAGAGGGCACGGUAUACCACGAGUAAAGAUCAUGCAACAGUCGCAACGUAUGAAAGCAAUUUACAACUAGACAAACUUGUUGGAGUAUGGCGUGAAAUCCCGUCCAUUCCGAAGGCACACACGCAGAAGAGGAUGUUGGCAACGGUUCACUUCGAUGACGAUUCUCCGUAUGACACUUUUCCGCGCACAGCCCCCGCCCAGCAAAAGUAGUACAUAGUCGCAACACACUUAAAACAGGUCUUCGGUUUACUCUUCGUCCUCCUCCUCGCCCUCCUCCUCCUCGCGCUUCCGCUUUGUGCCACC